GGGGAACUAUGGUGUUCAACCCAGGCUGAUAUAUUGGAACAGGGAGCAUUUCCAGAAGUGACAACAGGCAACCAGUCUUCAAAACCAACUUCGUUGGAAAGAAAACCUUCUCCAGCUGAGUAUCGCUUCAUAUUGCCAGAGUUCCUGCCAGACCCAAAGGUGGAGUGGCGGAACAAAAUUCGUGAAAAGCUGGAGCGGGCAGACAUGCUCAAGAGAAGGAAGAUUAUUGACAUUCCUGAGUUUUAUGUUGGAAGCAUUCUGGCUGUGACUGUAUCUGACCCCCAUGCUCCAGGGAAGAUGAGCCGAUUUUUGGGACUUUGCACGGAGAGGGGAGGCUGUGGCUUGCGGGCCUAUUUUGUCCUUCGAAAUGUCAUUGAUGGCCAAGGUGUGGAAGUCAUGUAUGAGAUGUAUAACCCCACCAUCCAGUCAGUUGAGGUUAUCCGACUUGAAAAGCGACUGGAUGAGAACCUCAGAUACUUGCGUGAUUGCCCAUCUGAAUUUAGCACCUUCCCUCAGGACAUGGAACAUGAGAUUCUUCCUCCUGGCUCUACUGUCCCCCUCAAUACCUUGAAGGUUCCCCUGACAGCAAGGACCUGGUCUCAGAAGUGGCAGUACUGGAAUCUGAAGGGUGUGGAGCCCCAUACAAUGCAACUGGAAUACUGGCAGAAGAAGAAAUAUAUCAAGACUCAGUUGUCUGGCAAUGUACCAAAACUUGCUCCAUGGCACAAAUAUGAACUCAUGGAGGAGUACCGCUCCUCCAUCCCAGAAGAGGAACAAGUGGAAAUGUAUUCAGAAGUAUUGACUGAGCUGGGAGAUAGGCUCAUGAAGGAGGGACGAACGCGCCGACGUCGUACUCUUGUCCGACCAAGAAAAACUGCU